CCACAGCAACAACUUAGUGGAGAGUCAACAAUAGAGCUUGAAGAGCUAUGACGGCCGUCAACAAGGGCCCAGCCUUGCUGGAUGGAGACCUCCCCGAGCAGGAGAGCGCCUUGCAGCGGGUCCUGCAGCUGCCGGUGGUGAGCGGCACCUGUGAGUGUUUCCAGAAGACCUACGCCAGCACCAAGGAAGCCCACCCGCUGGUGGCCUCUGUCUGCAAUGCCUACGAGAAGGGCGUGCAGGGCGCCAGCAGCCUGGCGGCCUGGAGCAUGGAGCCGGUGGUCCGCAGGCUGUCCACCCAGUUCGUAGCUGCCAACGAGCUGGCCUGCCGAGGCCUGGACCACCUGGAGGAGAAGAUCCCAGCCCUCCAGUACCCUCCUGAAAAGAUUGCCUCUGAGCUGAAGGACACCAUCUCUACCCGCCUUCGCAGUGCCAGGAACAGCAUCAGCGUGCCUAUCGCCAGCACUUCAGACAAGGUCCUGGGGGCCGCUCUGGCCAGCUGUGAGCUUGCCUGGGGGGUAGCCAAAGACACUGCCGAAUAUGCCGCCAACACCCGAGCUGGCCGGCUGGCCUCUGGAGGGGCCGACUUAGCCCUGGGUGGUGUUGAGAAGAUGGUAGAGUUUCUCCUCCCUUCAGCCAAGGAAGAGUCAGCGCCUGCUCCAGGACACCAGCAGACCCAAAAGCCCCCCAAAGCCAAGCCAAGCCUCAUGCACAGGGUUGGGGCCCUGGCCAACACCCUCUCCCGGCACACCUUCCAGACCACAGCCCGGGUGCUGAAGCAGGGCCACUCCCUGGCCAUGUGGAUCCCAGGUGUGGCACCCCUGAGCAGUCUGGCCCAGUGGGGCGCGUCGGCCGCCAUGCAGGUGGUGUCGCGGCGGCGGAGUGAGGUGCGCGUGCCCUGGCUGCACAGCCUCGACGCUGCCCAGGACGAGGACCACGGCGACCGGACGGACACGGAGGGAGAGGAGACGGAGGAGGAGGAGGAAUCAGACACGGAGGAGAACCAGCUCAACGAGGUGGCAGCCCUGGCCAGCGCGCAAGGCCUCCUGGGCGGCGUGGCCCACACGCUGCAGAAGGCGGUCCAGAGCACCAUCUCCGCCGUGACGUGGGCGCCUGCGGCGGUGCUGGGCUCAGCAGCGAGGAUGCUGCGCCUCGCCCCGGCCAGCGCUGUCUCCUCCACCAAGGGGAGGGCCAUGUCCCUGUCAGAUGCUCUGAAGGGCGUCACUGACAACGUGGUCGACACAGUGGUCCACUACGUGCCGCUCCCCAGGCUGUCCCUGAUGGAGCCCGAGAGCGAAUUCCGGGACAUCGAAGAGGUGGUGCGCCAGGAGGCGGAGCGCAGGGCGUCUGGGGUGCCGCCCGCGGGCCCGGAUCCCGCGCGGCGUCCCUCGCAGCCCCGCGGCAGCCUGCGGCCCGCGCGCAGCCCCGGGGCGCCCCCGAGCCCGGCGCCGGAGGACAGGGUGGACGCGCCCCCCGCGCUGCGCCCGGCCUUCCAGGCGGUGGCCCGCGAGAAGCCGAGGCGCAGGGUCAGCGACAGCUUCUUCCGGCCCAGCGUCAUGGAGCCCAUCCUGGGCCGUGCGCAGUACAGCCAACUGCGCAAGAAGAGCUGAGCCCCGCGCUCUGCCCCGCCGCCCGCCCGCCGCCCCGAGGGCGAGGCCUGGACCCACUGUCCUCACAGAAACAGAGCCCGCCCCUCCGAGGGAGCGGUGACCUCUUCCAAGCUGUCCCCUGGGAACCCGAGCCGCGUUCCCGCGGCGCCCCUGAGGCACGCAUUAUCUUUUUAGCACCGUUUUCGGGCUUAGCGGUCAGAACCUCUUUUUAAGAAGCGUCAGAGCAGCAGCUUGCUUUGAGUCUCUGCCUUGUUGUUUUGUUCUUUUAACCAAAGAAUUAAUUGCCUGACUUGAUCUCUCAGUUCUUUAACCAAACAUGUGGCCAAAUGACAUCUGAAUGUUUCCCAAAAUUAGAGCCAUCCUCUGCCUGCAGAGAUUAAGCAGGGGUCUCUGACAUAUGUUUAGAACCCGAGCUCAGCGAUUCCUCUGAGUAUCCAGGCUCAGCAGACUACUUUGAAGGGCGCGACAAUGAGGUGCAAAAGCUGUUUUAUGUUUAUAUAAAUAUGAGCCCCCCUUUCCGAAUACCGGGUACUUUUCUCUGGUUAAGUCCGGGCCUGGGCUCUGUAGCGCCACCUCCUGGCUCACAUCCACACUGCCGUUUGCAUCCUUCCUGCCUUCCAUCUGUACGUUCACUCUUCCGCCGCCUUUCGAAUGCUGGCGCCCCCAGGGUCGGGGGACGACGAUGGUGGCCCUUCACCUUAUAAAGUCACAGCUACAUAGACACCUGUAUGGACUCUGUAGUAGCCACACUUCAUUCCAAGUCCUAUUUCUGAAAAUGUCAAUAUUUGGUAAAUAUAGAGAAUGCAUAAGUACAAUUUAAAAAUUCAAAUACUGCAAAAGGAUGUGUGUCUUCCUUACUGAGUUCCCCAGUUCCCCGUCACAAAACCCCCGGUGCUGUCAGUCUCUCGGAUAGCCUUCCAGGUCCAGGCUGGGCAUGGGCAAGCCCACCUUGUUCACACAGCUGUGCGAUGUGAUCCUGCUUCCCUCACUUAACAAUACAUUUUAGAGAUCUUUGUGUAUCUUCACCGUAAGUCCUCCUUGCUCUUUUUUUUCCCUCCUUGCUCCUUUUAAUGGCCAUGUAGUAAGUGCUUCAAAAUGUAGAUAUGCUAUCUUUGAUUUACCUGGUUCCCUAGUGGUGGACUUUAAGGUUGUUUCCUUUUAUUUGGUCCGGCAAACAGUGCUACAAUAAAUGUCUGUAUACAAAAUGUUUUGCGCAGUUGUGUAGGUAUAUCUAUAGGAGAAAUUUGUAACAUGGAACCAUGGCAUGCUGUGCAUUUUAAAUAUUGUUAGAUGACACGAAGUAGCCUUCCAACCCAAACUCCGUUUUUCUUGUUAUUGUCAUGGCAGCUGCGCAGAUAAUCGCUGCAACUCCAUCAGUCCUUUUAAAUGUCCAUGUACACACCCCUCACUGGCUCCCCUCAGACCGUGAGGACCCUCUUGGCCCCCACUGUGUUGCAUAGCUGAAAGCCCAGCUUCCUGAAACUGACUCUGGUGUAAUGAGUCCCUGUCCUUGAUGCUUGGGUUUGGAAUCUGAAGAUGGACACGCGUGGGUGGACAUGGCCAGGACUCUGAGCUAGCCUUGGGCACGCCACCCCAUCUCUACAAUCCACGCCACCCCAGGAGUUUCCUACCCCACCUCUACAAUCCACGCCACCCCCAGGAGUUUCCUGGGGGAG